AUGUUUUCAUCAUUUAAAGAGUCAGUAAAAGGCACACGACGUGUUACUAUUGAUGAAAUUCCAAUGCCUGAAUUAUCUCAUGAAGCUACAUCAAAUCUACCAAAUAUGCCACAAAGUACUCUGAAAGAAAAAAAACGACCUCUUAUUAUGCCUCUAGAACCUCGUAAUGUUCGAAUGCCAUCAAAUAUUCAUCUAGCAUUUUCUUCAAAUGCUCUACUAUUAAAUACAUCUGUGACAUCUAAUGUCGCUUCUAUCUCAAGUAAACCUAGUAUGGCAUUUGAAAACACAACAAGACAUUACAAAGUUUGUUCUGACUUUACUUAA